AAGAAUCACCUGAAAGAAGGAGGGAGGGAGGGGGCUGCAUGCUGAUUAGCAUGAGAGCCCCCCCGGAGGGAGAGGACACCCGCCCCGGAUGAAGGCCUGAGGCCGCCCCCUUUCCUUUCCUGCAGCCCCCCCUCCGCCCCGUCCUCAGCCAUGGCGAAGCGGGAGUCCAGCGCCAGCCCUGUGGUGCGGCAGAUCGACAAGCAGUUCCUGGUGUGCAGCAUCUGCCUGGACCGCUACCACAACCCCAAGGUGCUGCCCUGCCUCCACACCUUCUGCGAGAGGUGCCUCCAGAACUAUAUCCCGCCCCAGAGCCUGACCCUCUCCUGCCCCGUCUGCCGCCAGACCUCCAUCCUCCCAGAGAAGGGGGUGGCCGCCCUCCAGAACAACUUCUUCAUCACCAACCUCAUGGAGGUGCUCCAGCGCCAGCCCGACAGUGCCAGCCACGAGGACAACGCUGCCGCCAUGCUGGACUCGGUCAGCGCCGUGCCGGGGAAGCCGCUCUCCUGCCCCAACCACGAAGGCAAGAUGAUGGAAUUCUACUGUGAGUCCUGCGAGACAGCCAUGUGUCACGAAUGCACGGCCGCUGAGCACCGGGAGCAUGUGACGGUGCCUUUGCGGGAUGUGGUGGAGCAGCACAAGGCCUCUCUGCGGCAGCAGCUGGACGCCAUCAAGAGCCGGCUGCCCCAGCUGACUGCGGCCAUCGGGCUGGUCUCUGACAUCAGCCAGCAGCUGGUGGAGCGCAAGAAUGACGCCGUGGCUGAGAUCGGGAGCACCUUCGCUGAACUGGAGAAAGCCCUCCACCAGCGGAAGGGGCUUCUGGUCCGCGACCUGGAGGCCCUCUGCGGGGCUAAGCAGAAGGUGCUGCAGGCCCAGCUGGACACCCUGCGCCAGGGCCAGGAGAACAUCCUCAGCAGCUGCAGCUUCACGGAGCAGGCGCUGGACCACGGCUCGGAGACGGAGGUGUUGCUGGUGAAGAAGCAGAUGAGUGAGCGGCUGAGUGAGCUGGCCGGGCGCGAGUUCCCAGAGCGGCCCCACGAGAAUGCCCAGGUGGACUACGUGGUGGAGACGGAAGGUGUGCGCAAGUCCAUCCUCAACCUGGGCGUGCUGCUCACCACCAGCGCCAUAGCCCACAAGACGGUGGCCACCGGGGAGGGCCUGCGCCACGCGGUGGUGGGCCAGGCGGCCUCCCUCACCAUCACCACCAAGGACAAGGACGGGGAGCUGGUGCGCAGCGGGAGCGCCUGCCUGCGGGCGGAGGUGGCGGCCCCCGACGGCACCGCCACGGACCACGAGGUAGUCGACAACAAGAACGGCACCUACGAGGUGGUCUACACGCCGCGCCAUGAGGGCGACCACCUCCUCUCCAUCCACCUCUACGGGCAACCGAUCCGGGGCAGUCCCUUCCGUGUCAAGGCUGUCAAGGCUUCCGAUGUGCCGCCCUCCCCGGACGACGUCAAGCGCCGCGUCAAGUCUCCCAGCAGCGGCCACAUCCGGCAAAAGGCUGUGCGCCGCCCUUCCAGCAUGUACAGCAGCGGCAAGAAGAAGGAGAACCCCAUUGAGGAUGAGCUGAUCUUCCGAGUUGGAACCCGGGGCCGGGAAAAGGGCGAAUUCACUAAUCUGCAGGGCAUUUCCACCUCCAGCAGUGGCCGCAUUGUGGUGGCCGACAGUAAUAACCAGUGCGUGCAGAUCUUCUCCAACGAGGGACAGUUCCGCCUGCGCUUUGGGGUGCGGGGCCGCUCCCCUGGGCAACUGCAGCGCCCCACGGGGGUCACGGUGGACCUCAAUGGGGACAUCAUCAUUGCCGACUAUGACAAUCGCUGGGUCAGCAUCUUCUCUCCCGAAGGCAAGUUCAAGACCAAGAUCGGGGCUGGCCGCUUGAUGGGACCAAAGGGGGUGGCCGUGGACCGCAACGGGCACAUCAUCGUGGUGGACAACAAGGCCUGCUGCGUCUUCAUCUUCCAGUCCAACGGGAAGCUUGUGACCAAGUUCGGCAGCCGCGGGACCUCGGAGCGCCAGUUUGCAGGUACCCUCGAUGGGCCACACUUUGUUGCUGUCAACAACAAGAAUGAGAUCGUGGUGACCGACUUCCACAACCAUUCUGUGAAGGUGUACAGCGCCGACGGGGAGUUCCUCUUCAAGUUUGGGUCCCACGGUGAAGGCAACGGGCAGUUCAACGCCCCAACCGGUGUGGCUGUGGACUCCAACGGGAACAUCAUCGUGGCCGACUGGGGCAACAGCCGGAUCCAGGUCUUCGACAGCUCGGGCUCCUUCCUGUCCUACAUCAACACCACGGCGGACCCGCUGUAUGGGCCGCAGGGCCUGGCCCUGACCUCUGACGGACACGUGGUGGUGGCAGACUCCGGCAACCACUGUUUCAAGGCCUACCGAUACCUGCAGUAGCCCCGGGGGCGGGCGGGGGGAGGGGGCGCGUUUCCCUCCGGCCCACCUGCUGCCCGAAAGGGGUGGACAAUGCGCUUGGGGAGGGCUGGCCCUUCGGCAGGGCCCCUCCCCCCUCCCUGCCCGCAAAGGGUUAUGGGGCUCCGGCAGCUGUGUGUGAUGGUGCCAAUUGCAACCAACCAAGGCAGCUACGCGUUCGGGUUCGGGGUGUUUCCUGGAGUGUGUGGAGGAGUUCAGCUUGGUCAGCUCCUCCUCCUCCUCCAUGGGGUUGCCAUACAUUUCUGGUCUUUCCUGCGGGGGAAGCGGGGCUGGCUCUGGGGUGGGCUCUGUAGCUCCAGCUCGCUUGUCGCCUGCUUCCUUUGGCAAAUGCUCUUGCCCUCCCUGUCCGGCCUUAGGGGCCCUCGUUCUGUCCCUCCUUGCCCUCCGUCUCCCUCGCUCGCUUCCCUGGAUUCUCUCUGCACUUUAUCACUGUCCAGGGAAGAGGCCGAGGCUACCCCUUCCUUUCCUUCCCUUCCCAAUUUCUGUCUCUACAAUUCCUGGGGGGGGGGG